AUGAUUGUAGUCACAGCGGCAUUGCUGUUAGUACCGGCGUUCUUGCUGCUGAAGAAGCUUAUGUUUCCGAACUUCGAUCCUCGUGAACCCCCGGUGCUUCGUCCGAGGCUGCCAGUUUUCGGCCAUAUUAUCUCCCUCAUCAGAGAAUCAGGCGGCUUCUAUGCCAGGUUGUAG